AUGAUUCUCAGACGGUUAUAUACUAGCAACCAUUAUUUUAGAAAUACUGUUUAUGUGAAAAAUGUGAUAAAUAAGUUUUAUUCUAACGAUGUAACGAGCAAAACUAGGGGAGAUAUAUUAGAUUUAAAUAUUCGCGGCGAAACUUAUUCGUUCCCUCACGUCUGGUUAAGGGAUAACUGCCAGUGCGACCAAUGUUUCCAUAAAAAUGCUCAAAGCCGGAUUAUUGAUUGGAGCAAAUUCAACUUGAACAGCUUCCCGAAAGAUGUCGCGAAAGAUGAAAAUUCCGUGAGAAUCACUUGGGAUGAUGGCCACAUAUCUGAAUAUACCACGAACUGGUUACUGUUCCGAAGUUUUAACCGUGAUAAACAACAGUAUUACGACAGCUACAUCUAUAAACCUGAUAAAAUUGUUUGGCAUGGUGAAGAAUUUAGUAAAAUUUGCACUAAACACGACUACAAAGCAAUAGUAGAAACGGAUGAGGCUCUUUAUAACUGGUUAUAUAAUUUAUCAACAUAUGGAGUGGCUCUCAUAGAAAACACACCAUCUUCUGAACAUUCCAUGGAAGCUAUUGUUGAUAGGAUAGGGUUUAAAAAGAGGACACACUAUGGACAUAACUUCAUCGUUCAAAAUGUUCCAAACACUAACAAUGUUGCAUAUCUAUCAAGUGCUCUACAGUUGCACACAGACCUUCCAUAUUAUGAAUACUGUCCAGGAGCAAAUUUACUUCACUGUCUAGUCCAGACCAAUAGCAAAGGAGGAGAAAACUUACUAUCAGACUGUCAUUAUACUGCCAGAUACAUUAAACAAAACCAUCCAGAUGCAUAUAAAUUAUUAACAGAAGUGGAAGUAGAGUGGAGCGACAUAGGAACUGAGCAAGGGAAUGAGUUCUACAAACUGCAUAGAGGUCCAGUUAUUUGUACCGACAAGUACGGAGACAUAAUCAGGAUUAACUUUUCUAUACCUCAGAGAGGUAGCCAUCUACCAAUACCUAUUGAACUAGUCAAACCAUGGUAUGAAGCUCACUCAAUGUUCUUUGAACUGAAUACAAAAUUUUCUGCAAACUUUAAGACAAAAUCUGGUGAUAUUCUAACUUUUGACAACAUAAGGUUAUUACACGGCAGGAACAAGUAUGAAGACUCCGCUGAAAAUGUAAGGAAACUGAUAGGAGCUUAUGUGGAUUGGGAUGAAAUAUACUCAAGACUCAGAUGUUUAAAAGUAAAACUAUAUCCUGAGAAUACUUCUUAA